CCUACCACCGACGUUAGCCGGUGUUAUUCACGGCAUCCGCCUGGCACCGUGUUUAUGUCACUCCGUGUUACUUUAUGGUUGUCCAGUCAACAAGAAACACGUGCAUUGUAUUUCUAAUCUAAUCUGUCCUGGAUUAUUUUCUCGCUAUCCCUAGCUAGAUACCAGCAGCGGGGCUAGUUUUCAGCUAUCGUGGGGGGGUUAUAAAGAGAGGGUUUUAACGGUUUACCGGCACGGUUUUCACCGCCUGUAGGUGAAACCGAGCUAAAGGUUUUAGCUAGCGACAGCGCAGCUCUGCCCCUGCCACGACAGACAUGCUAAUUAGCCGCCUAGCCGUGUGAGGAUUCAGCCGUUGGGCUAACGGUUGCUAGCCGCGCGCUCGAGCUAACUAGGCAACGUUGCCACAACGACAAUGGACGACUCCGGUAUCAAGAAGCAGAACUGGGACGUGAAGGAGACGGAGCUGUUUCUGGAAAUCCUCAAGGAGCUGGACAUGAAGAAGUGUUUAGACGGGAGGAAAGUGAGGAAUAACAAACUCUUCAAGGUGGCGCACAGGAGGAUGACAGCGGCCGGCUACCACAGGUCCGUGGACCAGUUAAAGUUUCGCUGGAAACUUCUCAAAAGUGCGUACUACAAGUGCAAGAGGGAGCCGGACUCCCCGGCCCCGACUAAGAUACAGGGCUGGUGGCGGUACGAAAAGACAAUGAUCGCUAUCAUGGAGUCCAGACACCCGCUGGUCGGAGCCGGGGUGAACUCGGACAGGAACGAUGAAGCGACCGAAGACUCGGAUGGAGACGCGUCGAUGCUGCACUGGCCGCAGCCGCAGCCGCAGCCCUGCUCGGACAAUACCACUCAGAACCUGGAUUUAAUUAUCAAAAUGGACCCUGAGAUGGACUCGCAGCUGAAAAUCGGCUUCAUUGGUGCAGGGAACAUGGCCUUCGGCAUCGCAAAGGGCAUUUUGUCAGGAAAUGUUCUUCCUGUAAACGUCAAAGUGAGCGCACCGUCCUCCAGGAACCUGGGACGCUUUCAGGAGCUGGGGAUUGCAGUCACUCACUCCAACGUCGAGGUGGUGUGUGGUUCAGACGUGGUCUUUGUGGCCGUCAAACCUCACCUGGUUCCUCUAGUUCUCAAUGAGAUCUCACAGCACAUCACUGACAGACACAUCAUCGUGUCUGUGGCAGCAGGAGUAACUCUGGCAACAGUAGAGGAGCUCCUUCCAGAGAAUACAGUCGCCAUCCGGCUGAUGCCAAAUCUUCCCUGUAUGGUUCAGGAAGGGGCUCUGCUGUUUGCACGGGGAACACAUGCGAAGCAGGAGGAUGGAGCUCUGCUUCGCUCCUUGCUGCAUCGUUGUGGUUUGGUGGAGGAGGGACCUGAGGCCUGGAUCGACAUCCAUACUGGACUGAGCGGGAGCGGAGUCGCUUUUGUGUAUCUGUUUGCUGAGGCUCUGGCAGAGGGAGCUGUUAAGAUGGGCAUGCCGAGCGCUCUGGCUCACAGCAUCGCGUCGCAGACUGUUCUGGGUGCUGGGAGGUUGUUGCGUGACUCUGGGAAGCAUCCGGCUCAGCUCCGCUCUGAGGUCUGCACCCCAGGUGGAACGACCAUUUACGGGCUUCACACCCUGGAGCAGGGCGGCGUGAGGGCGGCGACCAUGAGCGCUGUGGAGUCUGCCACUGAGAGAGCCAGGGAGCUCGGCCGAAAGUCGGCGGCAGGAGGCAGAAAAUGACGGCCGCCGCUUCGCCUUUUAAUAACCGCUCAUCGGACUUAAAGUAAAGCCAACAAACUGACUAUUUAGCUCAAGAACACAGAGACAAAACGACACUCUUUAUUUUUAUUUCUCCGUUAUUUGCCCCCUAAACAAGUGCAUUUCAUAUUUCUUUUUUCUCUCUCUGAGCAGAGGGUUUGUUGUGAGCAAGACAUUGACUCAAUCUUAACACACUGACACUGACAAGUAAAUUAUUUAAUCAUGACUCUGUGAGCUACAGUUUUUUGAGAGAAUGGUACUUUUACAUGCACACCAAUAAUUCAUGGAUUAAGGCAGUUAGUUAGAUCUCGUAGUUGUAAUGUGGGGACGGAGACUGAAGCCGUUGAUUAAACUUUAUGCCUCACUAGCCUUGAUUGGGUUAUGAUGUGCAUGUAAUGUGUAGUUGAGAAUGGAACUGAAAUGUGUGGAUGUAUUUAAUUAUAAUAUUUAAUAUUUGGCCAAACGAAACCUGAAAUUCUAGGGAUGGUUGUGCAGCUGCAUUCCAGUGAUAGUUUCUGUUCCAGGUGUAGCUUCCAUCUAGUUGCUGGGUUUGUGUGUGGUCAGUGUGUAGAAAAAAUAUUUAUGAUCUACGAUGCCAAGUGUGUAGAAUCGAUUUUCAUAAAGUGUAAUGUGAACAGGC